AUGGAAGACAACGCGUCUACAGGCGGCGACAUGAACGUCACCAUGAUGGUUGUGUUCUUGAGAGGAAUCGCUUUGGUGGAGGAAGUGGGAUGGUUUGGGCUGCAAAUAAUGCCAGAUUUCCCAGUGAUCUCAUUCAUUGACAAGGAAUUAUCAACAUUCCUGGAAAAAGAGAUCAAGUUUGAAGAAUCCACCAGCAAGUCAAAGGCAGGCCUGCCAAAGAUCCCAGGAUUCGAGGUCUGGGCAGAUGAAUCCCAGGUCAUUCUUACCCGCACAGGAGAAGUGAGCGUGAAGGUGACUUUCAACAUAAACGGGUCAGCCGACUCGGACCAGAUGCCACAGAUCGGGGACACGCCACCCACUGAUGAGGACGUGCAGAUGAUCUCGAAGCCUCCUUUUACUGUGGAGCUGGACAAGGGGUCGGGAGAGGUGCUGGCAUUCCAGUGUGCGUUCUCCCCAGCGGAGGACAUGGAACAGGAGUCCGGGGAACAGGGAACAGAAGCAAUCGUCGACCAGUUUGAGAUCCAGGAGGUGUCGGUCCAUCAAGGAGACUGGAAGGACACAGUGUACACCCUCCCAGCAGAAACCAUGGACGGGAACCUGUACGACCUGCUGAUGGACAUGCUGGACGAACGCGGCAUCAAUGAUGAGUUCAUCAACAACCUUGUGGAAUUCAGCACUGCCUACGAACACGGGAAGUACCUCGGUUUCCUCCAAAAACUGAAGUCUUUUGUUGAAAAGUAACAUCUUAAACCAAAGAUACUCCAGAGGAGCAUUUAUAUGUUGGACACAAGCUGGGAUGAGAGACUGGACAGAUGUGAGGGCUGUGUGAAGCUGGCACGCCAGACAUCACCCAACACGGACAACAGAGAUAGUUGUGUUCAUUACCAUCAGUGCUGAAUUCUAUGGUGACAUUUCACUUGCAGGAAGAAUUUAUAUAUAGUGCUAAAAAUAUUACAGAGCAUGUCUUGAAAAAAUCAGGAAUCCUAGACAUUUUGAGUUUUAUAUGCCAUAAUGGAGUAUAUAUGAAGAUAUGUUUGGAGGUCUCACUGAGAAAUGUUAUUUCUAUUGUUUUGUGUUAAUAGCCUCUGUAUCUUACUUUAAACAAUUUCAUUGAUUUUUUUUUGUGCAGUUGCCCAUCGCAACGAUCAUUGCAUUGGUUUGGUUAAUUACAUGCUUCUGUUGUGUAUGUGGAAUAGUGUGAAGCCCAUUUCUGGUGUCCCCCGCCGUGAUAUUGCUGGAAUAUUGCUAAAAGCGGCGUAAAACUAAAAUCAGUCAGUCAGUAUGUGGAAUAUUCCUGACUGCAGUGUCAAGCAUCGAACAAGUAUUGAUACAAAAUGUUGAAAUGUUUUUCUAACUGCUUUUGUUAUCAAGUUUAUUAGAUCACUGUCUCUUGCCUCCAGAGCUAUCACAGGGCUCCAGAUAAGGGGCGUAUGUACGGAUAAAAAAUAUGCACGAUACGGUAGGAAA